ACUCAGCAACACAAAAUGCCCUGCUCUGCUGGGGUUGUGGACGUCGAUCAACCAUUACUUGAAAAUUUUGAAAUUGUAGAUAGAGCAGAACCACCGCAGGAGCUGAACACGAAGCAUCAGAAAGCCAAGAAAAUCUCCACGACAUUUGCUCUCAUCAAUAUUCUUAAGGGUAUGGUUGGCCUCGAAUGCUUUAGUUUGCCCCUCGCUUUCAAACAAGCUGGUCUUUGGACUGCUUUUGGAGUUGACUUCUUGCUCGGUACAAUAUCGGCUAUUUGUAUGAUGAAACUCGUAAAAAGCGCACAAUUUUUGUGUGACAGGAAUAAAUGUGGGCCGCUGGGCUACGGGCAGCUUGGACAGGAGGCAUUUGCUAGUCACAAAACUUUAGCGAAAUACAAAUUUGUGGCAAGAUGGUUCAUUAACACUUGUUUGAUUCUGCUACAAUGUGGUAUAUGCAGUGUUUACUAUAUUUUCGUCGUUAAACACUCAGAGGAGGUUAAAUCUCUCAAUUUCAAUUCAAAAACUAUUUAA